AUGAAGAUGGAAGAUCAGUCUAGUCCUAAGGACGAGGAUAUCCUCAGCCAAACACAAGAUCCGUUGGAAAGAAGGAGAUUGCAGAACCGCCUUUCUCAAAGAAACCACCGUCGCAAGAUUAGAGAGCGCAUUGCAAAGCUUCAAGAGCGCGUCAUCGCCAACGAACUCAGAGCGGCAGCUUCUCUCAACGGAUGGGACCAGGCGUAUAAUCCUUCACUUUUUCCAAGGUCGCACUCGGCUUCCUCAGAGAACGAACUCGGGUUUACCUUGCGAGAUGUCUCCCCUCUAAUCCCAGACCAGUGUUCUUCAUUCAUGCCGUCAUACCCCCUAUUCUCGCACUCGUGGCCAAACGACUUCAAUACAUUCCCACAAAAUGGGUAUCCGGCCGACCUCUCCCAAUUUACUGGAGUCAGUGAAACAAGUCCGAUAUCUCCUAUCACGAGCGCUCCAUCUCAACAAAACCACAGCAUGUCACCGUCAAACUCUGGUAUCGGCGGCGAGACAUACCGAGAAAUGAUAGGAACCCCAGAGACCGUGAUACCAGACUCCUUGUCUACAUCAGCGCCCAAUCAGCCGCUGUACUACGUUGCGACUGAAGCUGCAUUGCCUCAAAUCAUCCAGGUCAUCAACACCAUGUCUCCCGAAUACAAAGUGAUCGUUCUGGUUCCUCCAGAGUCACCGGCAUCGGCUUCCAUACCUUCGUUCCCGUCACCGACCUCUCCCUAUGGUGCUGGUUCUGGUCAUAACGGGUCGGAUCAUGGUCCUGCAGUACAGCAGCUUAACUCACAAAAUAUGAGCUGUCCGUGCUAUCCUCACAAUAUCCACUCUGUGCCUCCUGCGCAGUCCACUUCAAUGCUAUGGAUGGGCGGGGGCUUAUAUGCGCAAUCGUGUCCUUUGCAUAAGGUGGCGAAUCCAGUGCCCCAGAGGGGAGCUUUUCCUAUUAGGAUGCUGUGA